CUUUCCAGCCCUCGGAGCAGGAAUGACAUCCAGGGUCUCGCUGCAGGAGGAGCUGGAGGACCUGUCCUGCCCUUUGUGCGGGGACAUCUUCCGGGACCCGGUAGCUCUCUCCUGCCGGCACCACUUCUGCCAGGCUUGCCUGGAGCGGCACUGGAGCGAAGGUGGCAUCGGUGGUGGACGUGACUGUCCACUGUGCUUCCGGCGUUCCUCCUUGGAACGGCCCCCCGUCAGCGGCACACUGCAGAGGGCUUGCGAGGCCCUACGGCGAGAAAGGGCUCGUUCGGACCCAACCGCGUGCUCCCAACACGGUGAGGUGCUGGAAUUCUUCUGCCUGGAGGAGCUCCGGCCUGUCUGUGGAGAGUGCCGUGUCUCCGGGGCCCACCGAGGGCACAGGCUGUACCCCCUGGCCGAAGCCUUGCAGGACUGUAAGGCGGAACUCAAGAAUGCACUGAAGCCUCUGAAGGAAAAGCUGAAUGUCUUCAAAAAGGCUAAGAGCACCUGCGAGGAAUCUGAGGAGCACAUGAAGCGUCAGGCUCAGAACACGGAGAAGCAGAUAAGCGAGCAUUUUGAGGAACUUCACCAGUUUCUGCGAGAUGAAGAGAUGACUCGACUGGAGCUGCUGAAAAAAGAGGAGGAACUCAAGAGUGUCAUGAUCCGGGAGAAGAUUGAAAAUCUGACACUGGACAUUUCAUCCCUGUCAAACACAAUCCGAUCUAUAGAACAAGAAAUGGUGGCCAAAGACAUCCUUUUCCUGCGGAACUAUGAAAACAUCAUAAAGAGAACCUGGGGCUCGUUUCCAGAACCAGAGCUCCCUGCGGGGGCUUUAAUUGACGUGGCCAGACACCUGGGCUCCUUGAAGUACAACGUGUGGGAGAAGAUGAUGGAGAUCGUCCAUUACACCCCGGUGGUCAUAGACCCCAACACUGCCGCCAACUGCUUCCUGGUCUCGGAGGACCUGUGCAGGGUGCAGUGCUGCACAGAGCAGUUCCGGCUGCCCGACAACCCCGAGCGCUUUGACAUCAGCGCCGAGAUGCUGGGCUCCGAGAGCUUCGGCUCCGGCCGCCACGGCUGGGAGGUGGAAGUGCGCGACAACACGUACUGGGUUAUUGGCGUGGCCAAGGACUCCAUCAACAGGAAGGGCAAGCAUGUGCUGACGCCGGCCGAGGGCUUCUGGAGCGUACGGCUGCGCAAUGGCGAGUACAAGGCCUGCUCCGCCCCGUGGACGCCCCUCGAUGUGACCCAGGAGCCUCAGAUCAUCCGUGUCCAGCUGGACAUGGACCGCGGAAAAGUGUCUUUCUAUAAGGACCGGGAGAGGACGGCCCUCUUCACCUUCACAGACAUCACGGCCUCUAGGGUGGUCCCGUACUUUUGUACGGCCUGUAAGCUCCACCCACUGAGGAUCCUGCCCUCUACGCUAUCUGUUGUUCCGGAACACCACAGAUCAUAUUAAUAAAUUUACAAUGGAUAGUGA